AUGGUGAGACAGAUCCGUAAGAGGGAGGAGAGUUUUGCUCCAAUCGCCCAGAGACAACUUGGGGAAUCUAAGGAGGAGGAAGAAGAAGUCAGCAGAGUUGAGAACGUCUGCUGUUCAACAUCUAAUAAUUCAGAUAUGAGCGCCAAAAAGAGGCGCAGAGAGGAAGUAUCUGAUAGCACUAGAGAGGAAGGAGAGAAUUCUGUGGAGGAGAAUGGUGCAACUCCAAGGAAGCAGAGAAAAUAUGACAGCGCUGCAGAGACAGGACACAGCGCUGCACAGCAGAGAGGAAAGAAGAGGAAAUAUACUGAAGAGACUGAAUGUGAGAGUCCUGUGGUGAAGAAGAGGAAAGUACAGAGCUCUUCAGAGGAGGAUCCUGAGACUACAAGGAAGCAGAGCAGAUAUUACACUGCCAUAGAGACAGUACACAACUCUGCAGAAGAGAAAAGCUCCAGGAAGAGGAAAUUUCCUGAAGAGACUGAAUGUGGGAGUCCUGUGAUGAAGAAGAGGAGAGUACAGAGCUCUUCAGAGGAGGAUGGUGAGACGCUGAGCAGAUAUUACACUGAUAGAGAGACAGUACAGGACGCUACAGAACAGAGAGGCAAGAAGAGGAAAUUUACUGAAGAGACUGAAUGUGAGAGUCCUGUGAUGAAGAAGAGGAGAGUACAGAGCUCUUCAGAGGAGGAUGGUGAGACGCUGAGCAGAUAUUACACUGAUAGAGAGACAGUACAGGACGCUACAGAACAGAGAGGCAAGAAGAGGAAAUCUACUGAAGAGCCUGAAUGUGAGAGUCCUGUGGUGAAGAAGAGGACAGUACAGAGCUCUUCAGAGGAGGAUGUUGAGACGCUGAGCAGAUGUUACACUGCUAGAGAGACAGUACAGGACGCUACAGAACAGAGAGGCAAGAAGAGGAAAUCUACUGAGGAGCCUGAAUGUGAGAGUCCUGUGGUGAAGAAGAGGACAGUACAGAGCUCUUCAGAGGAGGAUGUUGAGACGCUGAGCAGAUGUUACACUGCUAGAGAGACAGUACAGGACGCUACAGAACAGAGAGGCAAGAAGAGGAAAUCUACUGAGGAGACUGAAUGUGAGAGUCCUGUGAUGAAGAAAAGAAGAACAGACAAAGCAGGAGUUAGCGGAGCGACAUCGAUUCACAGCACAAAAAGAAAAGAACGUGAAACGGCCUCCCUGGGUGUGGAGGACUUCAUCUUCCAUAAGAUACUUGGAGAAGGAGCCUUUGGGAAGGUGGUGCUGGCGACACACCGUGACAGCAGACUACUGGUGGCUGUGAAAAUAGCCCACAAGAGAGAACCAAUUGUGGAGAACCCAGACAGGGUGCUAAAUGAGCGGAUAGCCAUGGAGAUAGCUGGGGGCAGUCUUUUCUGCGCCCAUGCUUAUGCCACAUUCCAGACGGAGAAUUACUUAUUCUAUGUUAUGGAGUACAUGAGGGGAGGAGAUCUGAUUGACAUUGGUGAGGUCCUUGGCAUAACUGACGACACAAUGGACCUCGCCACCGUCAAACUCGUGGCAGCGGAGCUCGUGUGUGGUCUGCAGUACCUGCAUUCCAGAGGCAUCGUUCACAGGGACAUGAAGACGGAAAACGUUCUUGUAGACAGCGUCGGUCAUGUACAUAUUGCUGACUUCGGCUUGGCAGCUUUAAACGUGUUUGGAGACAACAUGGUGACAGAAUACUUGGGACAUAUGUAUAAUGGAGCUCCAGAGAUGUUGUUCGAAAUGCCGUAUGAUGGAGCCGUGGAUUACUUUGCAUUGGGGGUCUUACUAUUUCGAUUUGCAUUGGGUCGACUUGCCUUUGAAGACAUUUGCACUUCUUCAGAAGGCAUAAUGUAUGGUCUGCCAUGCUUCCCAGACGACCCUGCCCCUGACCCCGUUCUCAAGGACCUUCUGGAAAAGCUCCUGAUUAAAUUUCCAUUCAAGCGCAAGAGUUUCAUUGCCGACAUACAACAUCAUCCAUUUUUCAACGGCAUAAACUGGAAGGAACUGGAAGCGGGGGAGGGACCCCCUCCUUUUUCCAUGCGACGGAAGGGCUUCAGAGACGUCACAAGAGACAUAAUAAAACCGGAAGACCUGAUGAACAACAUAAAUUCUGACGGAUACCCUAUCGAACCUUCAAUUUCAGCUGAGGAACAGAAGAUGUUUGAUGGCUUUUCCUUUGUCAGUGAUGAAUGGAAAGCCAUGACGAAGCUGAAAUAA